AUGGAGACCAGGGAGGACAAAUCCCUGCAGCAGAACCUCGUGGAAGAAGCCGUUUGGAGCAGCUCCAUGGCAGAGGAAUCCCACGGAGAAGAAAAACUCCAGAGAUCCCGCACAAGGAGGGGCUGCAAACACAGAUCAUGGGGAUCCAAGGAGGAAAGACUCACCCUGAGCCAGAAAGGCAGCCAGAAAUCUGGCCAGAGCUCUAAGUUGAUGGACCAUGAGGAGCUUCAUGAUGGCAAGAAGCCCCUGCAGUGCUUGGAAUGUGGGCAGAGUUUCUGCAUGAGCUCCCACUUUAAUCUCCACCAGAUGAUCCACACUGGGGAACGGCCCUACAAGUGUGGGGAAUGUGGGAAGGGAUUCAGAGACAACUCUGACCUGAUCCGACACCUGACAGUGCACACAGGGGAAUGACCCUACGAGUGUGGGGAGUGUGGGAAGGGUUUCAGCCAGAGCUCCCACCUGAUCGUGCACCAGAGGAUCCACACUGGGGAACGGUCCUACAAGUGUGGGGAAUGUGGGAAGGGAUUCAGCGUCAGCUCUGACCUGAUUGUCCACCAGAGGAUCCAUGCUGGGGAACGGCCCUAUGAGUGUGGGGAAUGCGGGAAGGGAUUCAGUGUCAGCUCUGACCUGAUUGUCCACCAGAGGAUCCAUGUUGGGGAAUGGCCCUACAAGUGUGGGGAAUGUGGAAAGGGAUUCAGCGUCAGCUCCCACCUCACCCACCACCAGAUGAUCCAUACUGCGGUACGACCCUAUGUGUGUGGGGAAUGUGAGAAGGGCUUCCAUGACAGCACUGACCUGAUCAUGCACCAGGCAAUGCACACAGGGGAAUGCCCAUACAAGUGCUCAGAAUGUAGGAAGAGCUUCAGCAAGAGCUCCAGUGUGAUCCGUCACCAGAGGAUCCACACCAGGGAGAAGCCCUUUGACUGUCCUGAGUGUGGGAAGAAGUUUCAGAGCAGAUCCAGUCUGCUCAAGCAUCAGCAGAUUCACACAGAGGAGAGGCCCUUCCACUACCCUGAUUGUAGGAAGGGCUUUAAGAAAAACUUCACCCUCGACCACCAGCGCAUCCACACCAGGGAGAGGCCCUAA